AUGAUGGAUUCGUUCCAUCCGCCACUGAUCCUUCUCCUCCUUCUCAUGCUCCUGAUCUCGAUCCCGACCGCCUUCGCCCGCCGCUCCCAUCGUAACGCCCUUGUCGAGAUCCCCGACAAGGCGAUGCUUAACGGAACCGUCUACGUCAUCUCGCCGCUGAUGCCCAAAGUUUUUGUGGAGACUGGAGAAUUCACGAUCAACUCGUCCCAAUGCCUUCACUACUCGUUCAACAUGACCGAGAAUCGUGUCAAGUGA